UAAGUUAGAAUACUUUUGUCUUCCUCUGUCUCUCUGUUAUGGUUGCAGGGAGAGGGAGAGCAAAACUGAGCCAAUCUCCACGACCUUUGCUUCUUGCAAUCUAGUCUUUUUUACAAAUUCAAGAAUAAGGCGUGAGCAAUGCCGGCAAAACAUGGGAAUGAUGAUCGGCUGAUAGACCAUGGUGAUCAAAGGGUGUUGCAGUCAACUCCAUACUCUGAACCCUGGUGGAAAGGAGUUGGGUCUAACCCCUUUGGUAAAUCUGCCUCUAAGUCACCUUCUGUAGAACAAGUAAAUGGUUCAAUGGCAAAUGGGCUUGUAGAUUCACGGGAUCACAGUGGCUUGGGCAAUGAAGAUGGGAGAAAUGGACAAGAUCACCAACAUCUCAAGCAUGUUCCUUCCACAACACCCUUUACUUUGGGUGAACACCAUGAACCUAAUUCCCAAAUGGAACUAGUUGGUCACUCAAUUGUCUUGACAUCAUAUCCUUAUUCAGAUCCUCAGCAUGGUGGAAUACUGACUCCUUAUGGACCACAAAUGAUGGUGCCACCACAUCUAUACGGAAUGCAUCAUGCUAGAAUGCCUUUGCCUUUUCAAAUGGAAGAGGAGCCUGUCUAUGUAAAUGCGAAGCAGUAUCAUGGCAUUUUGAGGCGAAGACAGAUACGUGCCAAGGCAGAGCUUGAAAAGAAAGCCAUUAAAGUUAGAAAGCCAUACCUUCAUGAGUCCCGACAUCUACAUGCUAUGAGAAGGGCUAGGGGUUGUGGAGGUCGUUUCCUUAAUACAAAGAAGCUGGCUGAUGAUGUUACUAGUCCCGCCUCAGGAAAGGGCAUGAAUUCGGGUGAAAAUGUUUCAAUCAAAUCAGCCAUCUUUUCAGGGUCCGAGCGUGCAUCUGCCACUGGUGCUGGAAAUAUGAAUUCCUUCUUUGGUCAGAAAGAAGGAAAUUGCGCAAGGGAUAUCGCGAAUGGGAACGGGGCACGACAUGGGGCCCCUUCUAUCAAAUGAAAUUCCUCGAGGCAGCACUGGAGGAAUUCGGCCCUUCAAUCAGGGGUGGCGGCGGAAUCCCUCUCAGGCAAUUCAUUCUUGGCUUUGGUUACCGAUGGUUAAGGGGGUUAUGAGAAGAUAUGCUGUCUUUGGUUUCAUAUUCACUUUGGUAAAAAUGGUUUGAAUUUUAACAUGCCUCCCUUGGACCCUUCUGUAUAAUGAUGAAAAAAGGUGUUGUAUGUACCGAGUAGCAACUGUUGUGAAUGUGCAAAAUAUGAAACAAAUUGAGUGUGUAUUAGGGCGUGGAGACGUGUAGCUUUAAACUUUUCCAGCAGUAUGGCCUUAAUAAUGUAAAUGGUGUCUCUUGUUUCUCU